CACAUGCAUUAAUGUAAUGUUUUAGUUUUCAGAUAUUUACAGGAAUAGAAGACAAGGAUCUUAAAUUAAUUUCUCACUUGUGUUAUCUAAACCAUCAACCAUGAAUCAUCAGAAUUUUGGGUUUCAACAAAUACUGGACGAAUCUGAUUUGUUGCUGUAUCUACAGUUUUCACCCAAGAAAGAAUGCUUGAAGAAAUUUCCAAAAUUUUACAACAAAUUUUUUAAGCUGCUCCUAUACCUUUUGAAAUGCCUUUUGGAAGCUUUGUUCAUAUUUUACGAUUUAUUUGAUCGGCUGAUUAACCUUGUGACCGACGGUUUGGAAGAUUAUGUGAAAUAUUCACUUGGUUAGUGGCUUAAAAUAUUGGCAUAACUAUCAUGGAACGAUUGACUGGAGAUGGCUGUGUUAAGGUAACAACAGUUAUUUAUGGUAUUAAUGGUUCAGUAUCAAUAUCAGUAUCAACCCAAGUAGUUAGUAAAACUUUGCAAAUUAGAAAGCAG